UCAUAAGCGAGAGCAGCGAGAAAGAAUCCCUCAUUACCCCCCAAUCAGCUCAGCUAGUACAGCAAGAGCGACAAGCGUUCCUCUCACAGUCCACUCUCUCGCGAAUAGGCUUUUCUAAGCCGUACUUCCUCCCUACCCACUCCAGAAACGUGUGCUCUUUCUCUCUUUCAGGGUUGUUCCGCCCGGUAGCUUCAGUUCCGGGGCAGCCAUUUUGGGAGGCUGGUGCGCCGUGGCUGGUCGGGCCUGGGCUGCAACGGCUGGUGAUAGCGACGGGGAGCAAUUUGCGAGCCGGCGAAUGUGGGGGGUGUUGUAGGGGAAGAGUUGUUGUCUACUAAUCAUAGUGUUUGCCUGCCCCAUGUCGGACUUCGACAGCAACCCUUUUGCCCAUCCGGACCUCAACAACCCCUUCAAGGAUCCUUCUGUUACACAAGUGACAAGAAAUGUUCCUCCAGGGCUAGAUGAGUAUAAUCCUUUCUCUGAAUCAAGAACAUCUCCUCCAGGAAAUGUGAAAAUGUCUAAUGUACCUAGUACCCAGCCAGCAAUAAUGAAACCAACAGAAGAACCACCUGCUUAUGCACAAACUGCAAAGGAGCAUGCCUUGGCCCAGGCAGAACUGCUAAAGCGUCAAGAAGAACUGGAAAGGAAAGCAGCUGAACUGGAUCGCAGAGAAAGGGAAAUGCAGAGUCUUAAUCAGCAGGGGGGUAGAAAAAAUAACUGGCCACCUCUUCCUGAGAAUUUUCCAGUGGGUCCAUGUUUCUACCAGGACUUUUCUGUAGACAUUCCUGUAGAAUUCCAGAAGACAGUAAAGAUCAUGUACUAUUUGUGGAUGUUCCAUACAGUGACGCUGUUUCUUAAUAUCUUCGGAUGUUUGGCUUGGUUUUACAUUGAUGCUACGCGAGGGGUUGAUUUUGGAUUGAGUAUCCUAUGGUUCUUGCUUUUUACCCCUUGUUCUUUUGUCUGCUGGUACAGACCACUUUAUGGAGCUUUCAGGAGCGACAGUUCAUUCAGGUUCUUUGUGUUCUUCUUUGUAUAUAUCUGUCAGUGUGCUGUACAUGUACUUCAAGCUGCAGGAUUUCAAAGAUGGGGAAACUGUGGGUGGAUUUCAUCUCUUACUGGUCUUAAUAAGAGUAUCCCUGUUGGCAUUAUGAUGAUUAUCAUAGCUGCACUUUUCACAUCAUCUGCUGUUAUUUCAUUAGUUAUGUUUAAAAAGGUGCAUGGUCUCUACCGCACAACUGGUGCUAGUUUUGAGAAAGCACAGCAGGAGUUUGCAACGGGAGUGAUGUCCAACAAAACUGUACAAACUGCUGCAGCCAACGCCGCAUCAACAGCAGCAACCAGUGCAGCUCAGAAUGCAUUCAAGGAGUAUCUCACGUCCUAGUGGUAAAUGGAGAAGAGUUCAAGUCUUCCUUGAAAGCAGUGGACACUGGUGCCUACCACAAGGAAUGGACAGAGCCCAACAAAAGCAGAGCAUGGAAGCAACGUAUACAGCACAGCCGCCUUGUAUAGGAAAAGAGGCUGUGGCAAUCCACCUAGAGUAGAUUUUGAGCCAUGGUUUAUUUGUGGUACUGUUAUUCUGUUAUUAAGUCACCACUAUGUACAUUUGAUAGCAUGAAUGAUGUACCUAAUGUGGUAUUUUUAAUCUAAAUUUCAAUUAAAUAUGAGAAUUUUUAAUCACAGUUCUCUUCCCUGUGCUGUCUUCUGUGUGUGUGUGCGCUUGCUUUCCCAACUUAGUGCUUACAACUAGCCUAUGCAAAUCAGGGGAAGAAUCUCCCCACAACAGCACUUAAAUUGUGCAAUAAUUCUAAUCAUAAAACAUGACUGUAUCAUGUUGCACAACUGUGCUUACCAUUUACAAGACAGUUCAAAAACUGUUUAGUCUGCUGCCACUGCCACCCUAGAUCUGUAAGUUACAAAGAAACAAUUUCACUACUAAAUGAUGCAUGCAUGCACAGGUGACUUCAAAAACUCACAUCUGCUAUCUCCCAAAAUAAUCCCAACUGUACCUCAGAGUGUUCUCUGUAUUGUUUAUUUGCAAACGUAGCUAUAUCACAGUGGUCUAGAUGAACUCAUUUUGCCCUUCAAAGAAAACUUGGUAAUAAAUUCAGUGUUAGAGAGCAGGUGUUACAGUUGAUAUGGUAUGAAAAAAAAAUCAACAGACUCUAAUAGUGCCUAAAAAAAAAGGCAAGACACAGCAGUGAUACAGAAAGGUCAAUUCAGAGACAGAAAUUAGGAAAAUAAACAGUACCAAAGCAAUGCUGUUUUCAGCAACUUCAUUUUACUUUCAAUAAUGUUUUAGGAUUCACUUAAUGCCUGCAGAAUUUCAUUCAGUAAUGACAGAACAUGUUUAGAUUUUAACCCUCUUAAGUUUACAGCACAAGAAAGUGGGCUGCACAUGUUUAAGAAUUUUUUUCAUAACAGUUCAGUAGACUAAUUCUUGUUACCCUAAUGUAUUAUUUUGAUAGUGGACAUUUUGCUUCCCCAUUUCAGCAGAAUUACAGCGUUUAUAUACAGAUUUAUAAAAAAACAAGUGAAACCUUUACAUAGAUCAGCCGCCUUGCAUGUUAUCCUGACCUUUAAAAGAAAAAUCCCCAUAUUGUUCAAAACUAUAGAGCAAACAACCAGGAAAAAAAAGUCUUUUUAAAGUUCUAUGACACUGUGUUAAUACAAUAAAUAUCCAAAACUUCUGAACUACUCAGACAUGCAACAGAGGGACAGAAGAAGUGCAUUUGUAGAGAACCACGAGGAUGGCAGUGCAUUGUUAGUAAUUUACAACAUAUACAAACAUCCCCCAGAUAAAUAAAACCAACUCCUAAAUUACAGAUCAAUGACUACAGACAUUCUAAUGUUUGAACUUCAUACUUUGCACUCAAUUUGCCACAGUACUACAAAAUGACAAAUUAAGUGGGCGCCAUACUCUGAUUAAUUAAUAAGAGACUGUAAAAUCUAGUUUUAGUUAGUUACAAAAUAUUUUAACAAAUGUCAGCCUUCCGUUGUUAAAGCUAAACUCAAACUUCUCCCUCCCUUUUGGGCUGCAAAGUGUCAGAGAGUUCUGGUUUAAACAAUUCAUGUGUAACUGAACCUUGAAUUUCACUUAGGAGGUUUAAAUCUGUACAUUCAACUCAUGACAUUACAAAUCAACGAUCCUUAUACAUAGAAUACUAAAUAUGUUUUCUCAAAGAGCAGUUAAACAUUUGGGAAAAAAAACCACAACAAUCUACCUGCCAAAUUGAUGUUUUAUUCCUAAUGUUUUUUCCAUAAUAUAUUCUGUUAAUGUAUGUUAUUACGCAGUCUUAAAACUUAAAUUAAAUUGCAAGGAUGAUGUCCCUAGGAUUCAUAUCCAAGAGAUAGCCAAGAGAAUUGCUUAAAUUUAGAUUUAAAAGUAACCCAUAGUAGAGUUCCUAGAUACAACCCUCAAGUUAUAUUAAAAAGAUUAUGAAAAGAACAAUCUUGAUAUACAGCUGCUAGAAGCGUGAUGCCUGAUCGCAACAGAAAAUUGUGGCUUUUGUCUGGAAAGCUUUUAAUAACAUUCCACACACUUAAGUUCAAUGCUAGCAUGUCCACUAAUAUAGACUUUUAGAGCCCCUAUUACACAGAAUAUUUAAAUUAUUUUUAACUUCAUGAUGCAGAGAAUGUUUAGAAGCAAGUAUAUUAAUUAAUAUUCAUUAAUAUGAACAGCAUAGGUGAAACUACUAUAUUUAUCCAAAUUCAAGCUGGAUUUAAAGAAAUUGGUAAAAGAAAGGAGACUAAUAGGGACUUCAUGCUAACAGUACAAUACUGUUCCAGGGAUUAAGCUAAGGGUUUUAUUUUUUGUAAUGCUCUUAUGUUAUUAUGAAUAUACUGUAGUGAAAAAGAAUUAAUCUAUGAAACUCUGUCCACAUUCAGAACAUGGAGGGGCCUCAGAAUUUUAUGCCCAGUCUUACUAAAGGUAAUUCACCCUAAGAGCUGAAUUCAUUUCAGCUACAGUGCGUACUUAUACAGGCUGUGGGAUGUGGUCCCUUCCUGUUUUAAUUUUCCAAAACAGAGUUUAAAAAAAAAGCAUAAGACUCAUGAGGCAAUCCAAGAAUAUCAAAUAGCCUUCAAAGGAGAGAAACAUCACUUUAUAGUAAGACCUGAUUAAAUUCUAGAAUAUUUUGAUGGUAUGUACCGUUAUGGAUUGUUCAGUUCCACAGCACCAAUUUAACCUCUUAGGCCUCCAGUUCAAUCAGUUAAAUUUUAACUUUGUGAAAGAUGAAGAUUUCUCUCUUUUCCAACUCGAAAAAGUUUAAAAGCUUUUUUUCCCCAGCUUAAAUCAAAUCACAGAGAUGGGUGAGUUAUGUUAAAAUGAAGUCAUGUAUCUGUUAAAUGCCAUUGCUUAAAAAAGCUUGAUUUUAGACAAUAUUUCUGGUAGAAAAUUAAAUGCUGUAUAUUUAGAUUUUUGGACAAGCAGUAAACAGAAUGCCUGACAAGGCUAGAGAUUAAACACAAAUCUACACUAAAAAAAAAAUUUAAAAAAAACCCAAACACAACAAAAAUACCACUGCAUGUAAGAGGGAAGGAGGGGUGUGGCGAUUCAUGACACGGAAUCCGUAUUCAUGCACAAGUGAAGCCGAAGCUGUUUAUUAAAAAAAGAUCAGCCUUAAUAUAGUCUGCCUCAUGUGCUGGUAUUUUUCCCUUCUCGCCGCCUCAGAAUGUGUUCUAUCCCACUAGCUCCACAUAUGGUAUAAACAUAGAUAAGUGCGCUCUCCUGCUUCGGUGCUCCACCUGUGCCCCUGACCUUCUGUCCCGCAUAUCAAGGCCUCAGUUCUGUGUUUUUGUGGGUUGUUUUUCUAUCCCACAGCUUGCAUCCAACAAGGGCGAUGAGAUCUCCGGUGCUGUCAUGGGAGGCCACAUUCACUUACUCCACAGAGGGGCAUGAAACUACUGUUCUAAAGGUCACUAUUUGUUUCCUUUCCAGCAAAAUGAUUACCCCAAGACAAGAAUACUGAAAUUAAAAAUAGCAAAUAUAUAAUCGCUUAGCUCUGUGAUUGAAACCAUCAGUUAUCUUCUUUAAACUGUACAUUGCAUUACACAUUCUAUUACAGAGAAUGUUUAUCCACCAUAGUAAUUUCUCACAGGUAGAGAAUACUCCAUGAAAACAGAUACAAGCUGUCCUGGUUUCAGCUGGGGUAGAGUUAAAUUACUUCGUAGUAGCUAGUACGGGGCUAUGUUUUGGAUUUUUGCUGGAAACAGUGGUGAUAAUGUGGAGAUGUUUUAGUUGUUGCUAAGUAGCACUUACACUGGUCGAGGACUUUUUCAGCUCCCCGUGCUCUGCCGGGUGCACAAGAAGCUGGCAGGGGACACAGCCAGGACAGCUGACCCCAACUGACCAACGGGAUAUUCCAUACCAUAUGACGUCAUGCUCAGUAUAUAAAGCUGGGAGAAGAAGGAGGAAGGGGGGAACGAUUGGAGUAAUGGCGGUUGUCUUCCCAAGUAACCAUUAUGCGUGAUGGAGCCCUGCUUUCCUGGAGAUGGCUGAACACCUGCCUGCCCAUGGGAAGUAGUGAAUGAAUUCCUUGUUUUGCUUUGCUUCUGCGCACAGCUUUUGCUUUACCUAUUAAACUGUCUUUAUCUCAAACCAUGAGUUGCCUCACUUUUGCUCUUCCGAUUCUCUCCCCCAUCCCACCAGGGGGGAGUGAGCGAGCGGCUGCGUGGUGCUUGGUUGCUGACUGGGGCUAAACCACGACACAAGCAAACGCUAUAAUUAAAGUGUCACAGGUAAAUUCUGGACCAAAACACUAUUUAAACAAGAUCAGAUAACAGUAUUCAUGCAAACUUACAGGUUUAUAUCAAAAAACUUAUCCUAAAAAAACCCCAAGAAUUAUAUCUAUCCUACUUGUAUUUGUCCUCCAGCAGCUGCUGAAAUUGCAAAAGCAGUAGCCAAACCUAACUUUCUACAUCGCUCAGGCUACCCCACUUCUUAUAGCAGAAAUAGGGAAAGCUGUUCUUUCUUACAAAGAAAAGAAAAAUCAAUCCAAAGUGCUUUCCUGAAGUUAAAAAAAAAUACCAGAGUGGACUACUAAAAAACCUCCAAAUUCUUAAUAUAGUUAUUUGAUCAUUAUAUACCACAAUUCAUUUCAAAUAAUUGUUGAAAUUAUUUAUCCUCCACAAAAUAUGGAAGGCUUUUAUUCUAGAAUGCAACAUUUUGAAGAAGGGCAGAGAAUGGUUAUCUUUUUAAAAUAAAUAAAUUUAUAAUAACACAAAACAAACAUUUCCCAUUUUACCCAUGAACAGCUGCAGAAGAGGCAAACAUGCUGUGUGUAUUUUGAUCUAUGUUUUUAGGGAAUAUAAUAGGUGACUGGAAAAUAAAGUACAAUCGAAAAGAACCGUCAUGACUUUUUAUAUUUCUCUACAUUUGGUUACCCUUGAAUGCAUUCUGAGCUGCACUGGUUGCUGCUGUUGAUGCGGCGUUGGCUGCAGCAGUUUGUACAGUUUUGUUGGACAUCACUCCCGUUGCAAACUCCUGCUGUGCUUUCUCAAAACUAGCACCAGUUGUGCGGUAGAGACCAUGCACCUAGGGAAGUGGAAAAGCGGUGAAAAAAGUGUGCUAAGCCUUCCAUUUCUUGGUAGAGUAAUAGCAAAGUCUCAAACAUGAAGUAGAGUUGUGUGGUGGAGAAAUCUGGUUUGCUCAUAUGUUUGGGAGGAUCCAGAAAUGAGUAAAUGGACUUUUUUUUCCCACAAACCCUACAAAUUUUGAUUGCCCUGCUGUGCACAGACAGUUUGACUGCAGGGAUACCUGUAUCUUUUUGCAAGUUCAGAAGGGUCUUGUAGGUCUUCACUAAAAUGUGUGUGGUAUCUACUGUCUGAAAUAACAUAUUUAAAUACACAAACAGGCUGCAUCCUUAGCAUAACGCAGGACCCAUAGCUUGCAAAAGCAUCUUCUGUCUCAAUUUGUAUACAACUUGGUGUACUCAUUAAAAGAGUUUAUAAGUGUGCAUGUUAAAAGAAACAGCAGGAAACAAAACCAAAAAAGUAUUUUUGAAUCCACUGUGUCAAUAACAUUCUGGUGAACUUUUUUCUACAGCAAUUUUUUAGAAACAUCUUAAGUUCUCUGAUUGACAUGGUUACAAGACCCUAUUAAGCUAAGCUAUGACUGAACAUUAAAAAGUAUAAAAUAUCCCAAUAAUGCAGAUAAAUAUCUGCUAAACUAGUGUGAUGACCAAUUGCUCUGCAUAAUAAGCAAAGGUAUUAAACAAUAUGGCUUAUAAACUCUAGUAUAAUAAAAAAACAAAUCCUGAGUAACUUCCAAGUACCCGACUAUUAAAUUGAAAAUGCUAUUUCUGAUUCAUAUUCAAUCAAGUCAUGAUAAACUUGUCAAAUAAUAUUACGAAGUCAUGUUGUAACUUUUUUCUUUGUUAUAAAUGUGACUGUUUCUCAUCCAUAAAGAUACACCAGGUCA